AUGAAAAGCAAAUCUCUACAAUUAAUUCAAUCUCUUGAUUUAGACUGCUUAUCCCCGGGUCAAUUCACUGUACCUCACUCUGCAGCUAUUAUACAUUCUACUAAAGAUGAGCCGCUAUAUUUUCUUGUAGGAUUAAGACAAGGAUCUGUUUUGAGUUUCAAGGUUGAUUCAACAGAUAAAAUUUUGACAGAUGAACGACCUCAUCUCCAUAACAUUGGCUCUCGUGCUGUUCGACUUUCGCCGCAGUAUCAGUCUCAGAAUGCACUUUAUGCUUUAUCUGAACAACUCUGGAGAAUGACAUGUUCUGACACGAACCAAUUAGAGAUGGAGCAUAUUUUGUUGCCUCGAUUUAGCAAGUCUAUCGACGCCUUUGCUCCUUUUGACUGUGAUUUGCCUCUGUUGCAUACUACGGGAGAACCUCUGGCUGUGAUGGCUGAUGGUAAAUUACAUAUUUUCCAGUUGAGCUUGAAGAGCCAAACGAAUACUUUUAAAAUCAACCUGGGAGAGACUCCCAGGAAGGUUAUCUAUGAUAAAACAUUAAACUACAUUAUCACUAUUACAACGAGUAUGGAAUCAGGCGAACGUAAAAACUCCAUGCGACUUUUGGAUCCUUCCAGUGGACAACCUCUAGCAGACAGUCAAUUGCUUUGGACGGAUCAUAAUUAUGGAAGAAGUGAUUUAGUUCUUUCUACUGCUGGUAAGUAA